AUGGCCGAUGACCCCGCGACGGAAGUAAAGAAGCCGAGCCGGCUGCCCUCGGAGACGCACCACGUCAUUGUCAAGCUCGAGACGAUCCAUGUGCCGGCUCCGGAGGUUGAUGAGGACGAGGCGAUGACGCACGAGGUUAUCGGGUACGAGUAUACUAGGCCUUCGGAGAGCGCCGUUGCGGCGGCGAGGGCGUGGCCUGCGAGCGUGCUUAUUACGACGACGGUGCCAAUUAACAAGGAGACGCUUGGGGUGGCGCCGUAUUUGAAGUGUAUCAUCACAGAGACGGUGGGAACGGAUCACAUUGAUCUGGAAGAGUGCAGGCGACGCGGCGUGACCGUCAUGUACUCACCCAACGCAACAGUAGAAGCCGUCUCCGAGCACGCCCUCGGCUUAUACUUCUCAUCCCGCAGACGGCUCGUGACGCUCCACAACACGAUGAUGGACCACGACGAGGGCCGCCCGAACCCCUGGCGCGCAAAGGGGAGCAUGUCCUCCCUCCUCCUCGACGGCGAGGGACGCCCCCCGCACACCUGCGGCAACGAGGUGGUGGGGAUGAUUGGGUACGGGCCCAUCGGGCAGCGCGUCGCCAAGAUGUGCCGGGCGCUGGGGAUGGAAGUCCUCGUUGCCGCGAGGAAGAACGAUGCUACGCCCGCCGCAAACGGGAACGGGAACGGGCCUGCCGCCGUCCAAACCGACGGCGACGCGCACGCGCAACGCACACCCUUUGCAGAAGUCCUCCGCCGCGCAACGACGCUCUUCCUCGUCGUGCCCCUCACAGCAGAGACCAAGAACCUCGUCGGCGAAGCCGACAUAGCGACGAUGAGGCCCGACGCCGUGAUUGUCAACGUUGGGCGGGGCGGGACAGUCAACGAGGCCGCUCUGGUGGCCGCGCUGCGGGAGGGGAGGAUCUCGGGGGCGGCGACGGACGUCUACGAGGUCGAGCCGGCGGGGAGCGGGCAGGAUACCGUACUAGAGUGA